CCUUGCUUCAUCAUGUCAAGUAAAGUCUAGUCUAGUCAAGUCACGUCAGGUUUUGUAUUUCCUGUGAUACUUGGUCAUAGUUAAGUUUCAUGUUUCUUUGAUACUUUGUCUUGCCUUUGUUUGUAGUUUUCCUCGCUAGAAGUGAUUUUCUGUUGCUACUUUUGUUAUCACAGUGAAAUAGUGUUCUUUUGGUUUUCUUACACUGUCCUCUUUACGAGUGGUUCGAGUUGUUACUUUUCCUUAUUAAAAGACUGAUCAUUGAAACUCGUCUGGAGUUGUGCAAUUGGGUUCAGUCCUCGUAGUAAUAGUCUCGACAUCCACCGUGUAAAACUGGAUUUUGUACUUGACUGACAGUCACCUGCUUUUUAGCAAGCGCCUCAUUCUCGUGACAGAUUUUUGGCGACAGAAUUGAGCAAGAAAACACACAAAACCACAGCCAAGAGACGGGUCUGUGUCCAGUAGUGCAUUAACCUCUGUGGCGUGGGGCGAAGAUCAUCACCUGUGCAUUGUUGUAGAGGCUGCCCACAAAUAGUAUGGAUAUCAGCAGAGUAAACACUCUCUCCUAUGAGGAUUUUGUUAAUAAUUUAGGUAAUGUGGUAGAGAAAUGUCCUAUUAUCACGGCUGCUGUGUGGUCAAGGCGUCCCUUUGAGAGUCUGGCUGCCUUGGAGGCCGCCAUCAAUGACUUCAUCGAUGCUCUUCCAGAAUCCGGUAAAGAGGGGAUCCUCAGGUGUCACCCAGACCUCGCGGGCAGGGACCUGCAGAGCGGCACCCUGACCCGGGAGUCACGUGAGGAACAGGCACGAGUCGGACUGGACACGCUGACCUCCGUGGAAGUCUCGCGCAUGGCCCGACUCAACGAGGAAUACAAGAAGCGCUUUGGGUUUCCGUUUGUCAUCUGCGCACGGAUGAACGACAAGGAAACCAUCUUGCGGCAGCUGUCCGAGCGCCUUGGCAACGGACUCGAGGUGGAGAGGGCGCGCGGCGUCGAGGAAGUGAAAAAGAUCUGCCGCCUGCGUCUCCAGGGUCUCGUGCGCAACGAUGCAAACAACAAGUUAUAAACCUCGAGCCUCAAGCUUUGAUUUGACAUUGGAUUUCCCCAGUGACAGUUCUCACCUCUAUAAAGCAUGAUGCCCUGUGAUGUGUACUGUAAACCUGUGAUGGCUUCUUUAUUCAGAAUUACCAAUGUUAUUGCUUUAAAGAAGUCAGUCAUGCAUCCAUCAAUAAUCCAUAAUAAUUUCGCUGAGCAAUGUAAUAACAAGGAUCGGUGAUUUAAUGUAUGGCCUAUAUAGGCUUCUUUAUUCUUGACAUACACUAUAUACAUUCAUAAACUAAACUUGAUUGUACUGCCAUUCAUUUCUCAGAUGUCA